CACUACAACUCGGUCAAAGACGAAAGACAGACUACACUCAUAGUAAGCGAGUCAGUGCGGUAUUUAUUAAAAAAAAAGAUCGUUGUUAAGCUUUGGUGUUUUGAAAAAUAAUAAAUAAACAAAUAAAAAUAGUAAUAAAACUAAUUUGGCGCUUUAAAAAAUGUUGUGUAUUUGUGGAAAAGAUGUCAGUUGAAAUGGAAUAUUACUUGUAGAGAUCAUUGGAUACGGAAAUAAAUUUCAAAAAAUAAAUAGUAGCAGUAGUGAGCCAUGGCAGAAUAUUAUUUUAAAACAUUAAACAUCAUCACCAUCAUUCUACUAGUAAUUCCAACAUCAAUAUCCAAAGAAGGUGCCAAAUCUAGACAAAAGAGGAUACUUUGGGUGACGCAAGAUGGCCGGUUAGCAUUACCACCUGGCACUACAUUAGUAAUAGCCCCAUCACUCUCGCUACCUUUUGUGAGGUAUCCUCCCGAAGGAUUUUUCUCUAAUUUAACUAUCAGUUUGCCAUUUACAAUUGACUUUGCAAAACUUGGUCUUACGGACAAUGAAAAUCCUUAUGGAGUACUACCUCCACUUUUGGCUCGUUCUAUGGGCAGAGCAGCGGGAACUAUCUUAGCAGACUAUAUAGGAACUAUAUUGAAGAAACGAGGAAAAAGGUCUGCUGAUAAGAUAUCCAAUCCAGUUCCUCACGCUUUUCACGGCGGAGAGAGAGCAUUAUUAUAUGUAAUGUUAGAAGAUUUAUUGGAACAGUUUGGAUUAGAUGGGAGAGCUUGUUUAUUAAGGGCAAUUUGUGAGGUACAUGCACAUUCUAUGGAAAAUUUUGGACUUUUCGGAGAAAUACUCAAACUCUUUUUCAGUGCAAGUAAAUCACCAUAUGCCAACUUAUUAACUGAGUAUGUGGAAGCAGAAAACGCUGGCACAGGUCGAUACGGUGGUCCUUCGGAAUGUUGGCCGUACAUGAAAGAUUGUCCCAAGUCUCUAUUUUUACCCAAGCAUAAUCCAUAUAAAAAAACGGAUAGCGACAUUACGGAAGACGAAGAAAGUACAAUGAAUGAGUUUUCGACUUUAUCAAAGACCUCCAAAGUUACCUUCAACCCAUUGGUCGCUAAUAUGUAAAACGUUCUGCAAAAACAGAUACCCAACUGUUGAGAAAACGUUAAAAAUUCUUUCAAAAUGGGUGUGAUCUAACCUAAGUCAAAUAUUUAUUAUUAUUUUCGAUUGAGUUAAGUAAAAAGUGCUCAAAUGUAUAUAAAAUUUAUUUUAGAGUUUAAUGAGUAUGAAAUAAAAAUUUUUAAAAAAUGCUUUAAAAUAUUACAUUUAGGUUAAUAUGUUAAACAAAUAAUUGAAAUCAGUGAUAUUUUUGUGAGUCCAGGCAUCUUAUUUCAAUAAAGUAAAGAAUUCACAUUGCAAAUAGUGAUUUAUUAUGCCAAAUAGCUUUUAAUAGUACUUUAGUACAUCAUUUGAUAGUACUUUAAAACAUCUUCUUCUUCUUCUAAUGGCGCUACAACCCUUUGUGUCUUGGCCUGCUUAACAAUGUUUUUCCAUUCUGCCCUGUUGGAUACUUUUCCUUCGCCACUGCCUGAUGUUUCUGGUUUUAAUAUCCCUCCCUACGUCGUCUAACCAUCUUUUACGGGGCCUUCCUCUUGUUCUAUUUUCUUGAGGCUUCCAUCUCUGGAUUACUUUCACAGCUCGAUUAUCUGGCAUUCUUUCUAAGUGAUCUAGCCAGCUUAGUCUUUAAAACAUAACACAAUGAAAAUAUUUGAAUCAACCGGUACCGGUUAGAAUACUGUUCUAACUCAAGAAAUGCAAGUAACACAAUGGUGUACAUCAGCACUGUAUUUUAUCUCCUCUAUGCUAUAUUUAUGUAGAAGAGAUAUUCCAGAAAGCAAUUCAAAACCAAGCAAAAAUGUUAAGAAUAUGGAACACGUACCAACAACAUAGUUAUAUGUUACAAAAUAACACUGCUAUUUAUAUUCGCAAACAAGUUAAAAAAGAUUUACAAGAAUGAUGUCGAUAGAAAGUAUUUGGCCUAAGAAUAAGUAAAAGAGAAAAGAUACAAAAUUUAUUAAAAUAAUAAUAAAUAAGUAUUUAAAUCUGAAAACUUUUCUUGUUGGGCCUUCUUUCUAGUAUCAUCCUCAAUCUCUGACUUUUAGGAUUUAUAAGACAAGAGACGACGAAUAAAGAGAGCGAAAAGGACUCUACAAUAUGCAGUCACAUUCCUCUUUCAUUCGUCUAGGAAAAACUGUCCGAAAGAAAGUUCGUACUACUCAAAAUUUUAUUUCCUUUCGAUUCAGAUGCGAUACACAAUCUCCAGACAUCUGUUUCUGUCUUACGACGUCC